AACGCGCUUACGCCGCCGUGUGGGUUUACUUGGCCGCUGCGGCCGUUGGCGGAGGAAUGGCGGCGCGGGGCGGAGGUGCGGAGGACACCUUCAACAUCCUGGACCUGGCGGAGUUCACCAAGAAGCAGCCUUGGUGGCGGAAGGUGUUCGCCCCCAGCUCGGGGUCCAGGGCUGAGAAGUACAACGUGGCCACGCAGCUGCUGAUCGGAGGGGUCACGGGAUGGUGUACUGGAUUCGUCUUCCAGAAGGUUGGAAAGCUGGCAGCGACAGCGGUGGGAGGGGGCUUUUUCCUGCUUCAGAUCGCAAAUCACACGGGAUACAUCAAAGUGGACUGGAAGCUGGUAGAAGGGGACAUGAAUAAAGCCAAGCGGGAGCUGAAAUUUCACACCAGUGGUAACAAAGUGUCUCCAGAAGUGAGAAGCAAAGUGGAUGAGGUGAUCAUAUUUCUGAAGAAGAAUGUUAUCCUGACUGGAGGGUUUGCUGGAGGAUUCCUGCUCGGAUUAGCAUCCUAGAAACUGCAUUUGACUCUCCAUCUCCAGCCUUCCCUGCCCUCCUCUGUCGUUUUCUCGCACUUUUAAGUCAAAGGAUGUUGUAAACAUGUUCAGUUCAUCCUGUCCGUAGGUUCCAGCCUUUUUUCUUACAAUGCUGCCUCUGUUUUCCAACCUUUUCCUCUGGGCUAUUAAGAUGCUGGGAUUUGUCUGAAACUUAUGACUCCCAGUGUAUCAUUGUGAUUCCUUUCCCCACUAAAUAUGCCCAGCCCAAAUUUUCUGAUGAG